UACAGGGCAGAGGAAAAGUGCUUAAAUUAUAUGUAAAAGGAUUUGGAUGCAUCCAAAUACUAGUGUUUACAUGUUCAUUUAUUUUACUAUUAGAGGUACUCAAAAAAAAUUCUAACUUGCCUCACUGCAUACAUAUUCUAUGCAAAUGUUAUUUAUAUGCAUGUAUAUAAAAUCUCAGGUUAUAGUCAAUAAAAUAAUACAAAAUGAAAACACUUGACUGUAAACAUUGUGUAACUCCGUAUCACAUGACCGAUAACAGCGAGAGACACAGAUUUACAGCCGAGUAGAAAGAGGAAGUCGAGAAGCAGUUGCUGAGCCAUAAGGAGCAACAGGUUGUGGUGACAGCUUUGUGACUUUGCUCUCUUUGGGCGAAGCGGGUAGGACAGCAGGGAGAAGAGGCGAAAUCAGCUGGUUUCGUGCAGGAAUAUCUGAGUAUUUUGCGCCACCUUGUGAGCCAACCUCUUCCAAGCCAACAGCACAUCUGUCACAAAAUGGUGUCUUUAAUUUGCACUCUCCGACAUCAUACAGAUGAGGUCACCUGCUGUGCCUUCUCUCCAUCCCUCCUGGCGACCUCCUCCGGUGAUAAAACGCUCCGUGUUUAUACCACGGCCGACUUCUCGGAGCUUCCCUUUUCUCCUCUCAGGGGUCACGGCUACGGGGUCCACUGCUGCUGCUUCAGCUCCUGCGGCAGCUUCCUGCUCAGCUGCUCCACAGACGGCUCUGUCAUCGUGUGGAGCGCCGAAACAGGUGAGGUGAAGGCUACGCUCGAGCACCCAGGCCGCAGUCCUCUCAGAGUUUGCGCACUGGCGCCAGACUCCUCUCUCCUGCUGGCAGGAGCCUGCGAUGGCACCGCGGCCCUCUGGGACUUCCGCUCCAAAACGCUACGCAGAUGUGCCACCAUAAGCGAGGCCAGCGUCGUGGCUUGCUGCUUCUCUCCAUGUGCCCAGAUGUUUGUGACUGGCUGCACCCGUGGAGACCUCAAACUCUGGGAUGCUUACACCAGCCUUCUGCACGCUGAGAAGGACGCUCACGACCUGGGAGUCACCUGUUGCUGCUUUGCACCCCAGUUCAUCGUUAAUGGCUGCUGUGUGGAGUUUCGACUGGCCUCCUGCGGACAGGACAGCCAGCUGAAAAUAUGGAUUGUUUCCCAGCGUGAAGGAGCAGGUAGGCCGACCCCUCUGCCCCAGCUUCCCCACCUGAGUGCUCCCUCACUCGACUGCCGAGCGGGAGAGACAGGGAGGGAGAGAGGGAGGGAGAGUGUGCUGACUGCUUCAACCUUGAAACCUCUCUGCAGAAUAGAAGAAUUUUAUUAUUCGGCAGCAGCUGAAUCAAAGGAGACACAGUGCCAAGGAAGGAAGUUGCCAGGUCACUCCGGGUUGCUGCUCACUGAUUGGUCAGAGGACGAUGUGCAGACUUGGCUGCGUGACGAGGGACUAGUGGAGCUCGUCGGUGUCUUUAAAGCCAACAACAUUGAUGGACCAGAGCUUAGCCAGCUGAACAAGGAAACAGCAGCUGAGCUUGGAAUUGAGUCGGUGGGCCUUCGUGGUCGUCUCCUGAGGAGAAUCGAGGCCCUCAAGGCAGAGCAGAAUGGUUCAGAAGCUCCAGAUGAAUUCAUGUGCCCAAUCACCAGAGAGCUGAUGAAGGAUCCGGUCAUUGCUGCAGAUGGCUAUUCCUAUGAGCGGGAAUCUAUUGAGAGCUGGAUUAGAGGCAAGAAUAAAACCAGCCCCAUGACAAACCUUCCUCUGCAGACAACACUCCUCACCCCCAACAGGUCUCUGAAGAUGGCUAUAACGCGGUGGAAGUCGAACCAGGAGCUCAGAGUAGCUGAACAUCUGAUAACAAAAGCUGAUUGAAGUAAUUAUGAAUUUGUUCAGGGUGCUAUUCAAGAGUCACAUCUGGCGAAGUGAUCAGAAUCUGAGAUCCCAGAGAAGUUGACUGAUAUUUAUGCAGUAAAUAACUAUUAUUUUUAGCUAUAUUUUACAUAACUGUCAAAUAUACUUGUAUUUAAAGAGAGAAUCUCUAAAGCAACACUGUAACUAUGCAAUUUUAAUGUGCCUUUAAAAAAAUAAAGUGAAGUA